CAUAACAUAAACACACAACACACACUUCACAAAAAGCAAGCGAGGGAAGCACCACACAGCAUCACUGGAAAUGGAAAUUACUCGAGUAGUAAAACUCCCCCUAAAGAACAGUGUAUCUUUAAAUGUGUAAUGACAAGAAUUAUCAGCCAUAGCAGAUUACAUUAAAAUACAAUCCGGUUCGAGAAAGGAGAAGCAGAGGUAGAGGUGUAGCAUCAGCAAACCAAAGGCAGCGUCAGCACAAGCAGUGCGUGCAGGUAGUGGUUUGUGCAGGCAUAAGCAUUCAUCUGGAUUCGAAAACACGCGAUGAACUUAGUAAUAACGAUGGAGGUUCCCUCCGAGGGUCCAGGAACGUACUGCCGUCUGUGUCUAAGCAGGUGUGGCCUCAGGCAAAUAUUUUCUAUGCAAGCCUCAGACAAAAAUGUAUGGACUAGCAACAAUUCGUCCGAGCUGGUUGAGAAAAUUUACGAAUGCACCAACAUACAGCUCUCCUCCUCGGCGGAUGCGGAAUGUGCCAUCUGCGGCCGUUGUUUGCUGGCGGUGCAGGAUUUUUACCACUUUCGCGUGCGCAGCAACAAGGUGAAUGAGCUUAUUCAAAAUUUGACAAUCGCUACCGAUAAGGUCGAAAGUGUACCCGUUCCACUGACAGAAGCUGCGAUCGGCAACCAGUAUCAAUGCGCAAACUGUUUGGCAAAGUUUCAUCAUAUUCGAUCGCUAAGACAGCACCACAAGCUGUUUUGCAUUGGUAAACCAAAAACCAGCGAUGGCACUUUAAUUAUCGAGCACAUCGAUGAACAGAUGGAAAGCGAAAGUGUGGACUACAUAACGCCCGACGAUCCCCCAAUUCCUGCCCCGGUCGCCCCGCCGGUGCAGCCAGCCAAGCAAUCCAUGGAACCACAGGAACCACCAGUCAUGGUCGACGAACCUGUCGAAGUCGUUGAGCAGGGCGUAAAAACAUUCCCCAGACCUCCAUACUCCUUCUCGUGCCUAAUCGGGUUGGCCCUGAAAAACUCACACUCCGGAUUACUGCCCGUGCCCGACAUCUACAGCUUUGUUUGCGAACACUUCCCAUACUUCAGGACAGCGCCGAGAGGGUGGAAAAACUCCCUUCGGCACAAUCUGUCACUCAGCAAGUGUUUCAAGAAGAUCGAAAAACCGCUAUCGUCCGGAGCCUAUCGCAAGUGCUUCUUUUGGAUGAUCAAACCGGACAAGCAGGCAAAGCUGGACGAGGCAGUGCAGCGGUGGUUCCGCAGGGACCCGGACAUCAUUCGCCAAGCGAUGGCACACCCCGAAUAUCUGACGGCGCUCGAGCGGGGCGAGAUGAAGCACGGCUCUGUGCUAUACGAUCAUAUCGACCUGGAGGACGAUCUCGACGAAGACAACGGGGAGGAGGACGAUGAUGUGGAGUUCAUCGAGCCCGAGGGUGAAACGCUCGACGACGAUGCGGAAAGGUACAUCAUCGCCACGCUGGAUGCUGGAUUGAAGGAUGAUGAUGAGGAUGAUGACGAUAAUGAAGAGGAGAUGCCGACGUGGUCCACCGAGAAUCGGCAAACCAUUCAGCUGCCGAUGAUCGAACCCGGUCAAAUAGUUGCAAAUGAGGUUGAAGAAGAAUACUUAGAACUGGAAGAGGAAGGGGAUAACGAUGGCAUGGAGAUCAUCGAACCCAAGCACGAAACAAUCGAUUUUGAUGCAGAUCGCUCAAUCAUUAAAAUGCCGGAAUUGGUAAUUCAUGGUGAAGAGGAAGAAGGCGGCCAUCAGGUCAAUUUCAAUUUAGAGGUUCCUGAUUAUUACGCAUCCGCGAAGCUUGAUUCCAAACACAGCAUGCUUGCGUUGGCCGAAUUAACCGAAGAGGAUCUUGUAUCGCUCGAAAAUGAAGAUGAAUUCCUGCUUAAGCAGCCCCAAAAGCAUCGGCAACAAACCGAGCAACAAAAUUCUGCAAAACGUGUAAGUAACGAUACGAGCGAGACUGGGGUGAGCUUUCAGCAACAUUUCGAGCAACUGCAGAAGCAGCAAUAUCGGCUACGGAAGCACUCUCGCCAGCUUCGGCAGAGAAGCGCUCGCCGAAAGGUUCCGCUGGGUUCGCGAUUGGCCAGCAACAUCAGCGGUGACGGCGGCACCAUCUCCAAGCGUAUGGUGUACCGUCUGCCCUCACUUCUCGUCGUAAUAUCGUCGCUUCAUCGCUCGAUACUUCCGCAGACUGUACAGUGCCUCUAUCUCCUUCACCACGUACUCGCCCAGCCCGAUCGCUUUCUCGAUCUUUUCCGGAUCGGUUUCGGUGCUCUGCCGCUUGAACGCGUUGUAGCACCGCUGGCGGAACUUUUCCGGCCCACCCGGAUACUCGCGGCCCAUACACAAUUACAAGUGCACAGCAGCGGCUCUCGGUCGGGUUCUGGCAGCGCAGCGUCUCUUCAAAGAUUUGCAUUGUGUCCAAGGGGAAGCGUUCAUCUUCUCAUCCAACAUCCAACCAUCAUGGAGCUGCUGACGACGAUGAAAAUUCCCACCGCAGGACCGGAAACGUACUGCCGCCUAUGCCUCGGGAAGGAAAGCCUUUUGGGAGUGUUUGCGACGGAAAAGCCCCUGCAUAAUGAUGGCCACACGGGCAGCAGCUCCUCGACCGAGCUGGUAGAGAAGAUCUACGAAUGCACCAACAUAAAGCUCUCCUGCACGGUGGACGCGGGAUGUGCCAUCUGUCGCCGGUGUCUGCAGGCGGUGCAGGAUUUCUACCACUUUCGCGUGCGCAGCAACAAGGUGAAUGAUCUCAUCCAAGUGACGACGGUCGUUGCCAACGGUGACGACGACAACAGUGGCAGUGGCAAUGAAGCGCCCGCCAAGCGCGAAACGACGACUGUGGUUGUUCCAAGCCCAACAACAACAACAACAACACCACUACCAGGAGCGAAGCAGCAACCGAAGCCGUCGAUCGUCUCCAACGCGAGCAAAACCACCGGCGAGCGGAGCAAUCGGUGCCGGUACUGCCCGAAAUCGUUCCGCACGGUGGCCGAACUAGCCGAGCACGGCAAGCGGACGCAUGUGGCCGGCCGGCAGCACCACUGCCCGAACUGUUUGGCCCAGUUCCAGCACGCCCCGUCCCUGGCACGGCACAUGCGAAGCCGCAGCUGCUUCGCGUUCAGCAAGUACCGGUGCCGGGUGUGCAGCGAAUGCUUCCCGGAGCGGGACCAGUGGGCGGACCACAUACGGAUACACGCGAAGGACUUUCCUUACCAGUGUCCGGACUGUUGGUCACAGUUCAAGCAUAAGGCGACGCUGCGGCGCCACGCCAACACGGUCCAUCUGCUGGCGAAGGUGUGAUCGGGAUAUGUUUGUGUUUGUGUGUGUGUGUGAUGGUGAUUGUGUGACACGGUUCGACAGUUACAUAUUUAAAAAUGCAAAAAAGGCGGAAAGAAAUGAGCAUCGCACAUGCACAGUCGACUGAUAAGAGAAGCAAUGGGUCGGGUUAAUGAGUUGCACAAUGUAUAAAGGGCCCCUCUGGUGUGUUUGAGUUGGUUGAAACGGGGGGGUUGGUUUGAGCGCAACAGCACGCAUUCGUUCCAGCGCCUACUUGCUCUUGCAAAACGAAAUCAGAACGAAAUGGGUGAAGCAAACAAAAAACCCCCCGAUAAGGCAUGUAAGGGUUUGUUUUAAACAUUUAAGCUUGCGAGGGCGGCACACCACCACCAUCGCGCGACGAAUGUAACGUUGUGUUCAAUAACAUGUAACAAAGUGUUAAUAUUUUAAAUCUGCUAUCCUUCGAUUUGGACGGUGAAGCGCGACCCGUUUAGAUUUUAGCUAGUGAAUUGGAUCGAAUUUUUGGAUCGAAUCAUUUUUAUGGAUGAUGACGAUUCGAACACGUGGUGGUACUUAUGCUCUAGAAGCAAAAAAAACCCAAUUGCGGAAGGGAAGAAAAUCGGAAUAAUAAAAACAAAUGUAAUUAAUGUAAAUCAAGCCGGUACGAAAGAUACAUGCUUGAUUAAUUAGUGGCAAUCUGAAAAUACGAUUUUAACCUUACUCGAUAUAUCCUUGUCAAUCAAUAAACAGGAAAUGUGUGAUAAAGAAA